GCAUGUAGGCAUUGCCCGUCCUGUGUGUAGAAACAUCCUAGGCUCCAGCUUCUCUCCUUCGGGGUUCACGACGCCCCCAUGCCCCGAAUCCUGGUCAGGGAUGGCCUCUGCCGCCUCUCUGCCUACUUGGAAGAACUGGAGGCUGUGGAGCUGAAGAAGUUCAAGUUAUACCUGGGGACUGCGACAGAGCCGGGGGAGGCCAAGAUCCCCUGGGGGCGUAUGGAGCAGGCUGGUCCUCUGGAAAUGGCUCAGCUUCUUGUGGCGCAUUGUGGGACAGGGGAGGCCUGGCUGCUGGCUCUUAGCGUCUUUGAGCGGAUCAACAGGAAGGACCUGUCGGAGAGAGGACAGAGAGAGGACCUGGUGAAGGAUACUCCACUUGGUGGCGCAUCCUCACUGAGGAGCCAGUCGGCACGUUCUCUGGAAGUCUUUCCUGGAACUCCAAGAAAAGAUCCCCAGGAAACCUACAGGGACUAUGUCCGCCGGAAAUUCCGACUGAUGGAAGACCGCAAUGCGCGUCUAGGGGAAUGCGUCAACCUCAGCCACCGGUACACCCGGCUCCUCUUGGUGAAAGAACAUGCAAAUCCCGUGUGGGCCCAGCAGAAGCUCUUGGACACAGGCCGGGGACAUGCGAGAACCGUAGGACACCCGGCCAGCCUCAUCCAUAUAGAGACACUCUUCGAGCCAGAUGAGGAGCGCCCGGAGCCGCCGCGCACCGUGGUCUUGCAGGGGGCAGCAGGAAUGGGCAAAUCCAUGCUGGCCCACAAGGUGAUGCUGGACUGGGCCGACGGGAGGCUCUUCCAAGACAGGUUUGAUUAUCUCUUCUACAUCAACUGCAGGGAGAUGAACCAGAGCGCCCCCCAGCGGAGCGCACAAGACCUCAUCUCCAGCUGCUGGCCCGAGCCCAGCGCGCCCCUCCACGAGCUCAUCCGAGCUCCCGAGCGCCUCCUUUUUAUCAUCGACGGCUUUGAUGAGCUCAAGCCCUCUUUCCAUGACCCUCCGGGCCCCUGGUGCCUCUGCUGGGAGGAGAAGCGGCCCACGGAGCUUCUCCUGAGUAGCCUGAUUCGGAAGAAGCUGCUGCCUGAGGUGUCUUUGCUUAUCACCACCAGGCCCACGGCUUUGGAGAAGCUCCACCGCUUGCUGGAGCAUCCCAGGCACGUAGAGAUCCUGGGCUUCUCUGAGGCAGAAAGGAAGGAGUACUUUUACAAGUAUUUCCACAACGCGGAGCAGGCCGGCCAAGUCUUUAAUUUCGUGAGGGACAACGAGCCCCUCUUCACUCUGUGCUUUGUCCCCUUGGUGUGCUGGGUCGUUUGCACCUGCCUCAAGCAGCAGUUGGAGGAUGGGGGGCUUUUAAGGCAGACGUCCAGGACCACGACAGCAGUGUACAUGCUCUACCUCCUGAGUCUGAUGCAACCCAAGCCAGGGACCCCAACCCUCCAGACCCCGCCCAACCAGAGAGGGCUCUGCUCUUUGGCAGCCGAUGGGCUCUGGAAUCAGAAAAUCCUAUUUGAGGAACAAGACCUCCGGAAGCACGGCCUCGAUGGGACGGAUGUGUCUUCCUUCCUCAACAUGAACAUCUUCCAGAAGGACAUCAACUGUGAAAAGUUCUAUAGCUUCAUCCACUCGAGUUUCCAAGAAUUUUUUGCAGCCAUGUACUAUAUCCUGGAUGAUGGGGAGCGUGGAUCCAGCCCAGAACACAACAUGAUGAGGCUGUUGGCUGAGUCCAGGUUCUCAGAGAGGAGCUUCUUGACACUCACCGUCCAUUUCCUGUUUGGACUCCUGAAUGAGGAGACGAGAUGCUACCUGGAGAAGAGCCUUCGCUGGAAGGUGUCGCCUCGCAUCAAGGCGGAACUGUUGGAGUGGAUCCAGAGCAAAGCCCAGAGCGAGGGCUCUACCCUGCAACAGGGCUCCUUGGAGCUCUUCAGCUGUCUUUACGAGAUCCAGGAGGAGGAAUUUAUCCAACAGGCCCUGAGCCACUUCCAAGUGGUCGUGGUCAGUAACAUUGCCACCAAGAUGGAGCACAUGGUCUCCUCCUUUUGUGUGAAGAACUGCAGAAAUGCCCUGGUGCUGCACUUGUAUGGGGCUUCCUACAGCGCUGACGAAGACGAUGGGGUGAGGUGGACUUCAGGGCCCCAGACGCCACUGGCACAGUCAUCCGAGAGGAACGUUCUUCCAGAUGCCUACAGUGAACAGCUUGCUGCUACUCUGAGCACCAAUCCGAAUCUGAUAGAGCUGGUUUUGUACCGCAAUGCCCUCGGAAGCCGGGGGGUGAAGCUGCUGUGUCAGGGGCUCAGACACCCCAACUGCAAACUUCAGAACCUGAGGCUGAAGAGGUGCCGAGUUUCCAGCUCUGCCUGCCAGGACCUCAGAGCAGCUCUGAUAGCCAAUAAGAAUUUAAUAAGGAUGGACCUGAGCGGCAAUGGCCUGGGGCUGCCAGGCGUCAAACUGCUUUGUGAGGGGCUCCGGUAUCCCAGAUGCAGGCUGCAGAUGAUUCAGUUGAGGAAGUGUCAGCUGGAGGCUGGGGCCUGCCAGGAGAUCACCUCCGUGCUCAGCACCAAUCGACAUCUGGUGGAGUUGGACCUGACGGGAAAUGCGCUGGAGGACUUGGGUGUGAGGCUGUUGUGUCAAGGCUUGAGGCACCCAGUCUGUAGGCUGCGGAUCUUGUGGUUGAAGAUUUGCCGCCUCACUGCUGCUGCUUGUGAAGACCUGGCCUCCACCCUCAGUGUGAACCAGAGCCUGAUGGAGCUGGACCUCAGCCUGAAUGACCUGGGGGACCCUGGGGUGCUACUGCUGUGUGAGGGCCUCAAGCAUCCCCAGUGCAAACUUCAGACCCUCCGGUUGGGCAUUUGCCGGCUCAGCUCCACAGCCUGUGAGGGUCUUUCUGCUGUUCUCCAGGUCAACCACCAUCUCCGGGAGCUGGAUCUGAGUUUCAAUGACCUGGGAGACUGGGGCAUGUUGCUGCUGUGCGAGGGGCUGCGACACCCCGCCUGCAGGCUCCAGAAACUGUGGCUGGACAGCUGUGGCCUCACAGCCAAAGCUUGUGAGGAUCUUUCUUCCACCCUGGGGGUCAACCAGACCCUGACGGAGCUUUAUCUGACCAACAACGCCCUGGGGAACACCGGUGUCAGGCUGCUAUGCAGGAGGCUGAGCCAUCCCAGCUGCAAACUCCGAGUCCUCUGGUUGUUUGGAAUGGACCUGAAUAAAAUGACCCACAGAAGAUUGGCGGCACUUCGCGUAACAAAACCCUACUUGGACAUUGGCUGCUGAAUGGUACUAUCUGCUGGUUCUUUUCUUGAAGUCAGGACAGAGGAAGAUCACUCAAGGACCUGCUAAUCAGCACCAUGAUCAGGAUCUUUAUUUCCUCAAGAGACAAACUCAGAUGCAGAAUAGAUCGUUUCUGCUUGGGGGUCUAUGACAUCAACGUGUAACAGAGCAUGCACCUUUAGUUUGGGGAAUGUUGGUGCCAGGGAUAGAACUUAGGGCAGGGCCCCGAUGAUUCUAGAACAGGGGUUCUCAACUGAGGGUGAGUUUGUCCCCCCAGGGGACACUUGGCAAUGUCAGGAGACAUGGGAGUGGUGCUGCUGGCAUCUGAUAGAGACCAGGGAUCUUGCUAAAUGUCCUACAAUGCACAGGACAGCCCCCACUCCCACCCCCAACAAAGUAUUUAACUAAAAAUGUCAAUCAUGCCAAAGUUGAGAAACCCUAUUCUCAAAGAUUAAUGGUGCAAUAUAGUUUGGAAGGCUGGCGUACCUUAGAAUGCUUGUUAUGCCAACAAUCCUUGCAAUCUUGUUUUGCACCAUGAAUCUGUCCCCUGGCUAGAGCCAAUCAGACCAUGGUUGGACACCUGCCACGGUUAGCUAACUGUAGGCUGGCUCAUAAUCUACAUACACCAUGCUGUGGAUGAACACAUGAAACCAACCACAAUUUGACUCUUGGGGAUUUGAACUAGGAGAUUGAUGGUUGGGAAACUUCACAAGAAUGCCGGGAGCAUGUCAUGCUGAAGCCAUCAAGAUGUCUGGAAAGAGCAGAAUUUACUAGGAAGCAGAGGAAACUUGUUGAGAUGAGAAAGGAUAGUGACCUUGUAACCCAUGAAAGGAUGGAAAAGAAAAUAACUCACAUUCUGAAGACAUUCCUGUGGACAUGAAUAAAUGCUCCAUGAAGUCACAUUAACAUAUUGUUCCUUGAAAUCAAGCCCUGUUCUGAAUCCUCUUAGCUUACCUGCCCUCCAGUCCCCUUUUAUCAGCUGCUACUGAAUGAACCUGCCCAUCUCACAAGCCCUGUUGAUCACGACCCAGGCCCUUUGAAGCUGACUAACCGAGAAACUUGACCCAGUUAUCUAAUCCCUAGGCUGCCUCAAAAAGAUAGGGGCCAAUAAAAUCUGAGCAC